AGCCAAAGGCAACCCAUGGGCAUAGGUCCAAUUCUCAGCCGCGUAUCAUCGGACAAGAAUUUUUCCCAGGAAACCUUCUCCCGAAACCACAUGGCAACUGUCUUCUCUACUGCUUCCAUCUCUUCCAAGCUCUACACUCAUCAUCACCAUGUUAGUUUCCCCGAUGCAUACAGGUCCUUUGAUUGCCAAAAGACGUACAAAUUGCAAUGUAAUUUGAAGAACACAAGCAACACUUCAUCCUCUUCCUCUAGUCAAGAAUCCGAACCUGAAAAUUUGCUGCUGAAGAUGGCAUGGUACGGCUCUGAACUCCUAGGCAUUGCUGCUUCUUUUGUACGUCCUCCAAAAAAUGUUGAAGCCCCGCAAGGAACAUCAGAGCUAGCUCUUGAUAGGUCCGGAAUAACUGAUCGCAACUCAAUUGUGGAAGCUAUUAAAGAUGAUUUUCAGAGAUCCUACUUUGUUACAGGAAACCUGACACUUGAUGCGUAUGAAGAAGACUGUGAAUUUGCAGAUCCAGCAGGUUCUUUCAAAGGCUUGCGACGGUUCAAAAGGAAUUGUACGACUUUUGGUUCCCUUCUUGCGCAGUCGAACAUGAAACUUAUGAAGUGGGAGGACUUUGAGGAAAAAGGCAUCGGACACUGGCGUUUCAGCUGCAUUAUGUCAUUUCCAUGGAAGCCAAUUCUUUCAGGAGCACAUUUGCAGUUGGUUUUACAUGUUUUUACGCUGGUUGUGUUGCAGCAACUGGUUACACGGAAUAUUAUUUCAGCAAGGAAUCUGGAAAAGUAUGCCGGCAUGUCGAGCACUGGAAUGUUCCAAAAAUGGCUUUACUGAAGCAAAUUCUGAGGCCUAGCAGAGGGUUUGGCAGAAAAACGAAGGUAGUUAAGAUAAUGUUGGGUGUAGGUAAUGAACAAAAUCAAUAGAAUAGUUCGAGAAAUGUAUUAUAAUGGCAACCAAAAUGAACAGACUUCGGGUUCUAGAAAAGCAUAAUUUGAAAACUUUACCUCAUCAAAGAGCCAGGGGAAGCGAGUUUGGUUGGUCAACGCUCCAAGAAAUGUAUAUAGUUCUCGAAGACUUGGUCUGCUUAACGGACACCAUGAAGACUUGAUUACUGAUUAGGCUAUAAAUGAUCAGAUUUAUCAUCAAUAUGGGCUGGUUUGGAUGGCACAAAAGUUGUUAUAAGAACAAAUCCUAUUUUUAAUUCUGCUUAUUUAUCAUCAAUAUAGGCUGGUUUGUAUUCCGGGCUUGGACCACAUGCUCACAUUUACCAGUUGAUCAUCUAACAAACUUUAAUUGGUGCUGA